AUGCACACGCUCGACCUUCAAAGCUACCCAGGCGCCUCCGACUGGCACUUGGAAGCUUUGCACGCGCUACGGCUUGCGCAACCAUCGCUGAUCAUCCUGCUCGUCUUGGUGUCUUUGGUGAGACCCUAUGUCUUGGCUAGAGCGCGGACGCGGGUUGCAGAUAUCGAUACCGAAGCAGAUGCUGCGGCUCCAUCAUCCGGCAGGCUCUCUCCCACCAGCGCAGCGCCCCAGCCCACGCCCGUCAUGAUCCCAGUCCGCUCGAGGAGGAGAGCGCUGAAUCAUUUUCUGCUUCUGGCGCUUGCUGCCACGCACGUCGCGUCCGGAGGCCUCAUCGCCCUGCGCGCCGCUCUUCCUGACCACGUGUGGACUCCUUCUCUGCCUCGGUGGGUCGGAUCGGACAUCGCUGCCCUGACUGGCUUGCUCGCCUGGGCACUUGUCGCCGGGGCCUGCGCCAUCGAGGCUCGAACUCGGGGUCAAUAUGGUCGCGGAAAGGUGCUUGGUUCAAUACUGAUCGGUGCCUUCACUGAUGCUGCAAUUCUUGGGCUAUAUGCCUCGAGCGGGGGUUCGGACUUUCCCAAGACCGGAAGGUGGACAGCGGCGCAGUUGGCCAUCAUUCUCGUCAGAUUGGCGGUCCUGUAUCCUGCAUGUGCCCUCGCCUGCUCCGACUCGACCCGGUUCGUUCGAGCCGCUGAUCUGCGUGCGAAUGCUGCCGCGCGUGCUAGGGAACAGCAAGCUGCCGGCGCCUCUUCCAGCCGAGCAGCUGCGCCCGCGAAUGAAGCAUCCUCUCUCCUCACUGGGCCAGCGAAUGGGACGAACACGAAUUAUGGCUCCACAAGUGCGUCCACGCCUGCUCCCACUAGUGGUGCGAACACCCCGGCGACCCAGCAAGCACCUAAACAGGCAGGCGCUCCAGGUCAAGCUUCUGGCGUCAUGGGCCUCUCCGUUGGUGCCAAUACGCCGGCUCCGACUGUCAAAAUCUUUGCCGCAAGGAUAGCGUCGCUUUUCCCUUACCUGUGGCCAAAGGAUUCCGUCUCUUUGCAGAGUCUUGCACUCCUCUGCGCGCUCAUCCUUGUAGCUGGAAGGAUCGUCAACUUGUUCGUGCCAUUGACACUUGGAAAUGUGGUCGAUGAUCUCACGGAGGGGAAAACACCGUGGGCAGACUUGGUGCUGUAUGCUGGACUCAAAGCAUUGCAAGGCAAUGGUGGGCUGUUAAGCGUCGCGCAGAGCUACGCUUGGAUCCCGGUCGAGCAAUGGUCUGAUAGGGCUCUCAGCAUCAUGGCGUUUGAGAAGCUCUUGGAUCUCAGCAUGGCGUUUCACACGAAGCGUAAGACUGGUGAAGUGCUGCGCAUCUUGGACAGAGGCAGCGUUAUCUCCUCCUUCUUUCAGUACCUAUUCUUUCAGGUAACUCCCAUCUUUGUGGACCUGGCUGUUGCCGUAUUCUUCUUGUGGCGCAGAUUCGGUUGGGGCACCGGAGUGACAUUGGCUGUGGUCAUGGUCGUUUACACUUGGGUGUCCGUUGCAAUGACUACCUGGCGAACGGCUCUGAGACGUCAAGCCAACAACCUAGACUCCGUGUCCAGGGCUAUUCACGCCGACUCGCUCCUCAACUGGGAGACCAUCAAGGGCUUCAGCGCCGAGAGUUACGAGGUCGAGCGGUACCGAAAAGCUCUUUUGGCUUACCAAGCGAGCGCCUUUAAAGUCACCGCUUCGCUCUCCCUGCUCAACAUGGUGCAGAAUCUGAUCAUCACCUUUGGAACCCUCCUCGCAUCUCUUCUUGUUGCGUCGGCAGUCGUUCGAGGCGAGGCAACCUCGAGUGAUUUCGUUGUGAUGCUCACUUACGUCACUCAAGUAGUCGGUCCCCUCAACUGGCUGGGAACGUUGUAUCGAGUCAUUCAGCAGAAUCUGGUGGAUACCGACAAGCUCGUGGAGCUUCUGGCGCAGGAGAGCGACGUGAAAGACCUCCCUGGCGCGCAGGACCUCGUCGUCACAAACGGAGAAAUCGAAUUCCGUGACGUGGUUUUCUCGUACGAUGGCAAGGUCAAUGCCCUGGCUGGUGUCAGCUUCAAGAUCAACAUGCGCUCCUCGUGCGCUUUGGUGGGAGAAUCAGGCGCGGGCAAGAGCUCCAUUCUUCGCUUGCUGUACCGCUUCUACGACAUUCAAUCUGGACAGAUUCUCAUUGAUGGGCAGGACAUUUCCAAGGUCACGCAAAAGUCUCUCCGCAACGCUAUCGGAAUUGUACCCCAGGAGCCAUCUCUUUUCAACACGGACAUCAAACACAACAUUCUCUACGGAGAUCACAAUGCAAGCGACGAGGGCGUCGAGGCAGCUGCAAGAGCAGCCCAGAUCUGGGAUCGUAUUCAAGGCUUCCCCGACGGCAUGAGCACAGUGGUAGGCGAGCGGGGAGUCAGACUGUCGGGUGGGGAGAAGCAGAGAGUCGCCUUGGCACGCACGUUCCUCAAGAACCCAAAGAUCUUGCUGCUCGAUGAAGCCACAUCUGCUUUGGACACAUCCACCGAGCAAUUGCUCCAGACUGCGCUUUCUACCCUACUUGAUGGCCGAAGCAGCUUGACUAUCGCCCAUCGUCUCAGCACGAUCGUCAACUCGGAUCGUAUUGUCGUACUUGAUGCCGGCAGAGUCGUCGAGAGUGGAAGUCAUACGGAUCUUGUUGGGCGCAAUGGCGUCUAUGCGGGCAUGUGGCGAGCCCAGAUCAACGAAGCCAAGAGUGCCUCGGGUGAAGCUCUUAGCAAAGAAGAUGCCAAG